AUGACCGCUAUGCUGGAACUAGGCCCCUUCAUCGGCUGUCUUUUCUUCCCUUCCGUCGCCAACCGAAUCUCCCGCAAGUGGUGCCUCACUGUUGCCAGGGUCUUCUUCAUGGUCGGCGCCAUCAUCCAGACUGCAACUUUGGACUAUGCUACGUUGCUUGCCGCUCGGUUGACUGGUGGAAUUGGCGUCGGCACGCUGGUAAUGGGUGCGCCUUUGUAUAUCUCGGAGACAGCCCCUUCCCGCUGGCGUGGAUCUUGGUUGGUCUUGGAGGCCAUCAGCAUUGUAGUUGGUGCAAUCGUGGCUUAUUGGAUCACCUAUGGCACGAGGUAA